GCAAGGCGGGAUCUGGGCUAGCCAAUCAACUGUCAGCAUUCCACACGGGGCGGGGCCAUCAGGAAAGAGACACGACUCUGCCCCAUUUUUCUGGGACGCUAGGUCCCUUCGGCCAAUCAGCGCCUGAGAGGGAGGCGAGGCGCGUCCUCAAGGUGGAGCGAAUCACAGGGCAGACAGUUUCUACCAAUGGAAAGAGGGAAGCACGGCUAAGAGGACGAGCCGGGGGCGGGGCCAAUAACUCCGGAGGAAGUAUCGACGCGCGGGACCAUGAAUAUCCUCCCGAAGAAGAGCUGGCAUGUUCGAAAUAAGGACAACGUAGCCCGCGUACGGCAGGACGAAGCCCAGGCCCGGGAUGAGCAGCGGGAGCGGGAACGACGGGCGCUGCUGGCCCAACAGGAGGCCCGCACCGACCUCCUCCGGAAACGCGCCCGAGCCAACGCCCCCGGGCCAAGCCCGCAAGCGGCCGGCGCGGGCGCCAGGCCCGUGGACCUGUUUCGGGAGCUGGUGGAAGAAGGCAAGGGCCAGACCCGUGGCAACAAGGAAUACGAGGAAGAAAAGAGGCGGACCAAGGAACAACAGGAAAAGGCCCUGGGGAUCCUGACCUACCUGGGCCAGAGCGCGGCCGAGGCCCAGACUCAGCCCCCCUGGUACCAGCUGCCCCCCGAGCCCAGGGGCAAGGACGGCCCGGUGCCCAACGAGAAAGCCAAGAGCCAGCUGGACCCGCUGCAGGAGCUCAAGAGGCAGCUGGGCAAGAAGAAGGGGGACAAAGGCGCUGGCGAAGGGGGCGCCCACCGCAAGGAGCCGGAGACGCCGCGCCUCCAGAGCUCCGGGAGAAGCUCCUUGGAGCAGCUGCGGGCCGAGCGUCUGAGGAGGGAGGCGGCCGAGCGGGCCCGGGCCGAGGCCCUGAUGGCCACCCUGCGUGGAGAGCAGCCGCAGGAGGAGGAGGAGACCGACGAACGCAAGAGGCGCUACAACUCGCAGUUCCACCCCCAGCUGGCCCGGCCCCCGCGCCGCUAGGACCCAGCGCAGGACUGCGGAC